UGAGCUGCAUCAUCAGACCUGUCCGCGCACAGCACGUCACUCCAGAGUCACGACUCCCCGCAUUCAAUACAUCACAAUCAGCGCAGCCAAGGAAACCCAGAAAAACUCUGCCCCCCAAAUCCCCGGACCCUCAGGGUGGGGUAGAGACUCAGAGAAGAAGCAGCUCAAACAAAAGCACUCCUCUUGGCUUUAAGAUUUAAAGAAAUACCAGCUGCAAAAAAAGUGCAGAUACAAACUCGAGACGAAAAGCGGGACCGAUCGGCGUCUCCACGUUCUCAUGCAAAACUUUUCCUGAAGUCACUGAAGGAGCAGCGAGCAUCAAACUGACUGAAUGAAAAUGGCAAUCUCGUGGACACUCAUUGUGUUAGGCACCCUCCUGCAAGGCAUGCAGUGCAAUGCUAAUGAUGAUUCAACUACAGCCCCAAACAGUUCCAUUUCACCCACCUCAGUGGUUACCACUGCAGCAGAUUCCACUAAAUCCACCCCUCCUUUCACCUCAUUGAUUUCCACUAAACCCACCACUUCUUCUGCCUCAUCAGAGUCUGCUCUACGUGACACUACAUCUGCUACUACACCCACCACAUUGGAGCCCAGUAAAUCUCCUACUCCAUCAGAGUCCAGUACUUCAUCAGAGUCCACUACACAAGCGCCAACCACUAGCCAACCAGCCACUUCACCAGAUCAGACUGGACCAUCUUCAGCAGAGGCUAAUCAAGACAUAACCACUAACACACCCUCACAAACUAGUCAAGUCACAACCCAAGUCACAACAAUUCAGACCACGACAUCCAAUGAAGGCACUACCCCCACUACUACAACCAGCACUCCUCCAAAUUCACCUACAACUCUCACCACAACCGAUCCCAAACAAAGUACCACCGACUUAAAUAAACAUGCAACCACUUUUCCUAAAGGAGAUGGCACCACCCAACUCAUGUCUACACAGAGAGCCACAUCUGCUGUUACCAAAAACUCUGAAUUACCAAUCGCAACAGCACCAGGCUCUAAAUCUACUGCUACUCAAAGUCUUGGGACAACGACACCACAAACAGCUACAGCCUCGAUCAGACCAGACCUGCAAAGGGAUGAAGAUAUUACAACUAACACUCCCCUAGAAAUCAUUCAAUAUUCCUUUAAUCUAAGCAAAAGCAAUGAGAAUCACGUCCUGGGUCAAACCUGUAAGAUGCUGCUUCAGACGAUGAAAGGAAAUUGCAUUAUCAACGUGACAAUUCAAGACAAUCAAUUAACUGCAACAGUAAUAAUAGAUGCUGACCAAGUGAUACCGCCAGAAAACUACAAACAAGUCAGUGAAGCUCCAGACAAUAAUACUCAUAAAGAGGAUUUUAACAAGGACACAAUACCAGACACGUUAAUCGCCAUCUUGGCUUCUUGUGGCGCUUUGGUGCUCAUUCUGUGCUGCUUUGCUGCAUACUGCACUUAUCAUCGCAGAUCCUACAGGAAGAACCAGCAACACCUGACAGAAGAGCUCCAGACAGUGGAAAACGGUUAUCAUGACAAUCCUACGCUGGAGGUGAUGGAGGUCCAGCCGGAGAUGCAAGAGAAAAAACUGACAAUGAACAGGGAUUUCAACGACAGCUGGAUCGUCCCCAUAGACAACCUGCUGAAAGAGGACAUACCUGAUGAAGAAGACACACACUUGUAAUGGCAUCAGAUGAACUGUCUGGAGAAGGAAACCUGCUGCUCUCAUUACCGUAGACUGUGACCGGCCAGAAUGAAGAGAAAGCAGAGAUUGACAUAAAGACUAUCAAACGACAAUGGUUUCAUUUGGUGCCUGGGUGUAUAUGGUGUAAUAAAGUAGUUGAAUGUCAAGUAUGUGCUAGAAAUAGUGGAAAUGUUUUCAGGUUUUGUGUGUCUCUGUGGAUGGGAAAGGGAAAAUCUGUAAAUGGAAUGUCAAUGUACAAUCUGUGAUGUCUCUAUGUGCCUUAACUUUUCUUCAGCACACAAAUAGUUUCCUAAUAAAUAAUUUAAAUAUCUAACAAAUAUUAGUUAAAAUAGCGCACUUAUGAUUUAUAAAAGAUUUUGUCCAAUUAUUUUCAGUAUUGACUGAAAAAAUAAUUUACAUUUUGCUCGCCAUCUUGGAAUGUUUUUCCCACUGCAAUGCAUGUUGGGACUGCAUUCUCUAAAUUUGAAGCUGGCCAAAAUAAGGCAUUGAUUUCACUGCCUUUGCAUUAGGCGUGUGCCUUAUGAUGCCUUUAAUGAGUAGAUCACUUUCAGAAUUAAAAUUCUGUCAUCAUUUACUCAACUGUUCAGAUCCCAACAUUUUUUCAAAAUAUCUUCUUUUGUGUUCAACAGAAGAAAGAAACUCUUACAGGUUUUGAACAAGUGGGGGUGAGUAAAUGAUGAGAGCAUUUUCAUUCUGAAAGUGAACUACUCCUUUAAGAUGCUGUCAAUCAAUGUAAAGUUUAUGUUUCACAUGCUAAUUACUUAAGGAUUUAAGGUUCACAGAUUCUGACCAGUGGAUUUCUGUGACAUUUUACAUGUAUUUGAUUUUUAAAAUGAUGUUAUGAAAAGAAAACUCAAAGUUGUUUCUACCUGAUAAAACUGAGCAUUCAUUGUAUUACUACUUUAAACAUUUCCAUCACUUUUGAAGCAGAAUAUGAUUGAUGUGCUUGUAUAUAAUGCUUAUUUUUAUGCUUCGUCCAUAAUGUGUUCAUUUUCUGUUUAGGAAAGAUUGACACUCAUAGGCACCAAACUAGACUUGGACCAAUGGAUAAUUCAUCCUGGUAAAUUAGACUAUGGGGCAAAAGUAUGAUUAGCAGAUAAUCUUUCAUUAUCUUUCAUCUGCUCCACUCAUGUCUCUGUUGGUAAUCAUGCUAGUAUGAAGGUUUUCAGUCUUCAACCUUAAACAUUUGACACAAAUUCAACACAACUCACAUUCUUUGAGUUUAUUUACAGGUAAAAAAAAUCAUAAUGUGUCAUUGUCUUUAAUCAGAAAGAUCACCUUUUUUUUGGGGGGGGGGGGGGGUUAAUUUAAUUGUUUUAAUGUUGAUUUCACCAAAACAAAUUUGUUUUUGUUUUUUGGUUUUGUUUUGUUUUCUUGCAUGCACUACACAAAUUGUUGGGGAUUCACUGCUGUCUCAGUUUAGCUGUUGUACUUUCACCAAACUAUUAAGGUUGAGUUUAUAGUUAUAUUCUGUUUUUGAAGUCAGUUUGCUGCUGUGUGCAAACGACAGGGGUCUGAUACACUGGAAGUUAAAUCUCUGUCAGAUUUGAUGGCGAUGGCCAUGAUUUCUAAUAUAAAUGUUUAUAAAAAAGUUGUUUUUAAAGUGUGUUUUGUAGGUAAUUGACAUGUCAAGGCACUUCAUCUUCAAUGACAGAAUGCAUUUACUACUUCUCAAAGGUUUGGGGUCAGUGAGAUUUUUUAAAAUGGGGCCAUAUGAUGGUUUUUUAAAGAUCAUUAUUUUGUGUAUUUGGUGUAACAGAAUUUGUUGACAUGCUUUAAGUUCAAAAAACACAUUAUUUUUCAAAUACUGUACAUUAUUGAAGGUCCUCUGUGCCCCGCCUCUCUCAAACGUGAAGUUUUCUACAAAAUCCCUCCUUUCGACAAAUGCAGUUUGCUCUGAUUGGCCAAUUGACACAGUGCAUUGUGAUUGUGAUGACAUGUUUAAACCAGCCAUUUUAGAGGGGCGUGGCAGAGUCUUAACUUUGAUGAAGAAUAUUUAUUUGGAUUUGAGACAUUAGUCUUUGCAACUUUAUAGAUCUUCUUUAUGCAUCAACAGUUUGCAACACUCCGAAGAGAAAGGAAAUAAAUUCCUUUCAAAAGGAAAAAUUUAAAUUGCAUCAUAUGCAUUUACAUAUGGUUUCAUUUUCUUUUCAUUUUUUUAAUUUAAAAAUAACUGUAAUAAAAAUGUGCUUUCUAUUUAUGAAGCAAGGGUGCUCCUCACAUUCGCGUACAGUUGAAAAGCAUAAAACAGCUGAAAGGACAGUAAAGUUAGUUUUUUACUUACAUAACAAUAUCUCAUCAGACCGCAGCUCCCUAUUGUUCUACUGCAGCUCAUUUGGCACAUGUGACUUGCUGAGGGCAAGCUGAAAUGUGUGUCUGAAAAUUCUCCCAUUUGUUGUGGUCGCAAAGAGAUCCAGCUGUUCUGCGUCUUAAGUUUUUAAUAAAUACAUUUUUGAACUCAUUAAAAUGCUAAGAAGUUUAAAAAUAAAAAUGUUAUAAUAA